AUGGUGCGUUUAUUGCAACAACAAAAAGACAAUCAGAAGGGUGAGAAGCCAAUGACACAGGCAUUGAUAAUCAUGGCCCUUUUAUGGAGUGGGGGGAAUCUAAUCAGCCAUGGGAAACGGGUCAUGAAGUUAUCUUUUGGGGACACUGUGAGGCGUCAUCUUGAAAUUGAGACAAAUCAAACAGCAGCCUUGGAUGGUGUGAAAUCUAUUCUCCAAAUGCAUUAUGAUCAGGCAUCUGCUGUCUUGAAGGGGGCAUUUUCUAAAUCCUUCAACGAGACUAAUCCUGAGGCUUUGCAGAACUACAGGGAAAUAGAAGAAGUAGAUCACGCCAACACUACUCAUUGGUGCAUCAUAUCCCCCUCCAAGAUGCCAGUGCUUGCAAAGUACUUUUGGCAUUUCCCACACUGCAUGGAAAUGACUCUGCCAUGCUGGUCCUGGUUUCGGUCACAACAUGCUACUAAUGAUUGUGGAUUUGUCCUUGUGGGAGGUCUCAAAUUUGAUUUGCUGGGAAACAACACAUGGCAGAAUCAGCUUGUUACCAAACACAUGGGUUGUAAGGUUAGGCAUGUGCCCAAUGAACAAUCCAUCUCACGCAAUGAAGGAGUUUUCCACAGCCCAAAUAUGAAAUUCUUGAGACCCAAGUUUGGACACCGUGGUUACUUGCAAAAUCCUGACGAUGCCCAAGCAUUGAGAAGAGUUGUGGGGGUGGCUGAUGCUUGGGUGGAAUCACAGAAGGGCGGUGGGAAGCCACUUCAGAUCGGUGUCAUUCAGCGAACUGAUAAGAGAGUUGUGACCAAUGUGAAUGCUGUUGUUGAGGGCCUGCAACAAGCGCUGCCUGAAGCCAAUAUUACAAUAUCCACAUUCAGUUACCCAACUGUGCUUGAGCAGGCCAAAUGGUUUGCUUCCAAGCAUGUCAUUGUGGCUGCCCAUGGAGCUGCCCUUACCAAUUCAGUUUUUGCAACCAAGGGAACCUUCAUUCUUCAGCUGCACCCUCCUGGCUUUUAUUGGCAGUUCUACGACCCCUUGAUUGAACAGAGUGGAGCAAUUGCCCUUGACUGGUACAAAGGGGAUCAUCCAGUGGCAGAAUUUCUGACUGUCACAGCAAAGAAUCCUAAUCGAAAGAAUCAAAUGCAGCAUCAGGACUUUGAAGUUCCUGUUGAUGAGAUUGUUGACAUUGUGCUUGUAGCAUUGGAUAAGAAGGAAGCUACUCCACUUAUGAUGAAGCAAUCUACAUUCUACUGA